UACACAAAACCUGCAGAAUACCACAUAUAUUGUAAUCCCUUUCAGUGUUUUUUCUUCUAAAUGGCAAUGUCGCCAGAGAAAGAACAUCCAAAGGAGGCAUUUGGAUGGGCAGCAACAAACUCAUCUGCUGUCCUCUCUCCAUUUAAAUUCUCCAUAAGGGCAACAGGAGAGAAGGAUGUGACCAUCAAAGUAUUACAUUGUGCGAUCUGCCACUAUGAUCUCCACAUGAUCGAGAACGAAUUGGGCUUCUCUAUCUACCCUAUCGUUCCUGGGCACGAGAUUGUGGGAGUGGUGACAGAAGUGGGUAGCAAGGUACAAAGUUUCAAAAUUGGAGACAGAGUGGGUGUUGGCUGCAUGGUAGGAUCAUGCCUUUCUUGCAGUAGCUGCAAUGAGAAUCUCGAAAACUAUUGUCCGAAAAUGAUACGCACCUUCGCCGCCAAGUACCACUACGGAACCACCACAUACGGUGGCUUCUCCGACCACAUGGUGGCAGACGAGCAUUUUGUUGUUCGUAUUCCGGACAACUUGCCACUUGAUGCGGCUGCUCCUCUGCUUUGUGCUGGAAUCACAGUUUAUAGUCCAUUGAGAUAUUAUGGGCUUGACAAGCCCGGUAUGCAUACAGGUGUUGUGGGCCUUGGUGGGCUGGGCCAUAUAGUUGUCAAGUUUGCAAAGGCUAUGGGGGUUAAGGUCACAGUGAUCAGCACCUCCCCAAAUAAGAAAAAGGAUGCUAUGGAGAGUCUUGGUGCUGAUGCAUUUUUGGUCAGCCGUGACCAAAACGAAAUGGAGGCCGCGAUGGGAACAAUGGAUGGGAUCAUUGAUACAGUGUUUGCAAUGCACCCUUUGCUGCCAUUGAUAGGUCUAUUGAAGUCUCAUGGAAAGCUUGUUAUGGUUAGUGGGCCGCCUGAGAAGCAACUUGACCUACCUGUUUUUCCCUUGUUAAUAGGGAGGAAGACGUUGGGAGGUAGUUUGAUUGGUGGAAUGAAGGAAACGCAAGAAAUGAUUGAUUUUGCAGCAAAACAUGGAAUAUCUGCAGACAUUGAAGUGAUUCCAAUGGAUUAUGUGAACACUGCCAUGGAACAUCUUUUGGAAACUGAUGUUAAGUAUCGUUUUGUGAUUGACAUUGCGAACACAUUGAAACCAACGGCCUGAAUAAAUAAUUAAUUUCAUUGACAACGUUCAUGCUCUCUAAAUUUAUUUUUAUUUUGUCAGAAUGAAUAAACAAUAAUGUCAUUGCCCAGUUUUUGAUUACCUUCUGUGUAUUGGCUUUUGGGCUAAGUGGGCUGGACAUGGGGUUGUAAAGUGACC